AUGUUUCGAAUCCUUGAAUCGCAAGCUCCGGCCAAGCAAACGGCCACGGACACAAUCGAUGUUUUGAGCAGUAGGUUGCAGAGCGCAACCUUGUUGGAGGAUAGACGAGCAGCGAUCCAGGGCCUGAGAAGCUUUGCGAAGCUCUAUCCGGCAUCGGUGGCCUCAGGAGGUCUGCGAUCGUUGAUCGGCUGCCUGCACAAUGAUCGCGAGGAUGUCGACACCAUCAAAGUGGUCCUCGAGACCUUACUGAUGCUCUUUACUCCCGAUGAGACCAGUCCCGAAGCGUCAGAUGAGAUUGCUCUCUGGCUGGCAGAUGAAUUCACUCAGCGCCAGGACAAUAUUACCAUUCUAUUGGACUUGCUUGAGGCCCGCGAUUUCUAUUCUCGCCUGUAUUCCCUUCAAUUGAUGUCCCACAUCUGCAGCGCGAGACCGGAACGAACACAGGAGUGCAUAUUCACUGCACCAUUGGGCAUCUCAAGACUAGUGAAUGUGCUUACAGAUACUAGAGAACCUGUGAGAAAUGAGGCCCUCGUUCUGCUUAUCGCCCUGACCCCCUCCUCCGAAGAGCUGCAGAAGCUCAUCGCGUUUGAAAAUGCGUUUGAAAUAAUAUUUUCUCUUAUCGACGCGGAGGGCUCCCUGACUCUUGGUACUGAAGUGGUUGAGGAUUGUCUGUCCUUGCUCGCUCACCUAUUGAAGUUCAACGUUUCCAAUCAGUCCUUCUUUCGCGAAACUGGCUGCGUGAAGAAAGUGACGAAGCUUCUCCACGAAUGUCAAUUAGAACCGGAAGGGGAAGGCGCUCCACCUCAGUGGACUCUUGUCCACAGAGACAAGAAUGUUUGGGGUCUUUUGGCGAUCAUACAACUGUUUCUGACCCGUGGUGGUGUGGGAACGCCCAUGAACCAGACAGCAUUUUGGCAGAAUGGCGUCACAGAGCAGGUUUUGAGCAUAGCUUUCGGCCAGAAAUUCAGCGUUAACGUUACGUCUAAGGCCUUGGCAACCUGUGCUGAUCUAAUUCGCGGGAACUCACCAUUGCAGGAGAGCUUUGGGGAUAUUGAAGUCCUGUGGGGCUCUCAAUCACCAAGGGAUAAAAUUGCCAAUGGCCAUGCAGAGGAACCAGAGCGAAUUAAUGUCAUCGAGGCAUUCUUGAAGCUCAGCCUGCAGCCUUCCCCGAACAGUAUGCUGGAUGCACGUCUCGCCGCCUGUGAAUGCAUGAAGGCGUUCUUUGCUCAUCAUCCCGGAAUUCGCAUGCAUGUGCUCAGGCGUGCUAUCGAAGGGCACGUUAGCGGGCAAGAUCGAAUCCCCAACAUCCUCUCCGUCUUGCUCACGGCACCAGAAUCUCGCGGCAAUGCCGAUCCAUACCAAGUCUGGAUGGCGUCUGUACUGAUGUUCCAUCUGAUUUUUGACGACACCGAUGCGAAAGCCACAGCCAUGCAGGUCACAGAAGGUGAUGCCGAAAGCGGGGAAGAGGUUGUCACCAGUGUUCAGUCCGUGGUGGGCAACUUGAUCACCGGUUUGCAACGUGGCGACGAUGAACGGAUAACUGUUGGCUAUCUGAUGUUACUCUGCGGUUGGCUUUUCGAGGAUCCAGAUGUUGUGAAUGACCUUCUCGUUGAGGGCAGCAGUAUCCAGACCCUCUUGCAGGAGAUCAAACACCAAAGAGUCCCCAGCAAGCUAAUUCCUGGACUUUGUACUGUCUUGCUCGGAGUAAUCUACGAGUUCUCAACCAAAGAUUCUCCUAUCCCUCGAGUCACAUUGCACAAGCUGCUCAUCGAGCAACUUGGAAGGGAGCAGUACAUUGACAAGAUCACAAAGCUGCGAGAGUGCCCCUUGGUUCGUGACUUCGAGGUUCUCCCACAAACCGCUGCUGGGCAAAUUGAAGGAUUGCCUGAAGUGUUCUUCGAUCGCGCUUUUGUAGAGUUCCUCAAGGAUAACUUCAGCCGCUUGAUUCGAGCUAUCGACCGGGAACCGGGCUUCGAGAUUUCUAUUGUUGCCAAUGGAGUUGAGAAGGGUGUUUCGCGAGAACUUGUGGACUCUUUGCGUGCGGAGCUGGAAGAUCGGAGCCAGACCAUCCAAAAACUGGAAUCUGAGCUUGUCACUAUCCAACGAAAGCUUGAUCAAGAGCACCUGGACCAUCGGAAGACGAAAGAAUCCGGCUCUUUUGAGCUGUCUAAAGCUCAACAGGCACACCAGUCUCUUCAGACUUCGCAUGAACAAGCGCUCUCUAAGCUGGAAGAGCAGCACAAACACUCCAAGAACGAACUCCUCAAGCAACAUGGCGAACAGCUUCGUGCCAUUGACAAUCAACUCAAGCAGGCUUCUGCUGAGUAUGAGAGAAAGAGCACAAAAGUGCGGGAGCAUCAUGAACAGGAGGCCGCAGGUAUGCAGAAGACCAUCCGUGGACUGGAGUCGGAGCUCUCAAAGGCUCGAGAUCAGCACGCCGAUGAGGUUGCUGGCUUAAAAAAAAUGAUCCGGGAGUUGGAAUCGACUAUCAAUCAGUCUGCGGAAUCCAACGCAGGCCAAGUUGCAGAGCUUCACCAAAAGCUCCAAAGCCAGGAAUCCACCCUCACGUCCAUCAAGGGCCAUCACGAGACCGAAGUUAUUGGUUUCAAGACCAUAAUUGAGGAAUUGGAAUUGAAGUUGGCUGCACUUAACGGACAGCAUGAGGCUGAGACUGCUGACCUCAAGAAACAUCUCGCGGACGUCCAAUCAGAACUCCAAAAUGCCCAGGAGAAAUCUAUUAAGGACAUCGAGACAGCCAAUGAAGGGUUCUCAUCCAAACUUUCUGCAUUGGAAACGCGCGCUACCGAGGCCGAGUUUAAGGCAAAGGAGGCUGAGUCACAGGCUCAAAGUGCAGCCGCAGCACUCAAGAUUGCCCAAGCCCAAUUUGAAAAGGCCCAGGCAGAGGCCAAUGAAAAGGAAGAUGCCCGCCAGGCAACCCAAACCGAACUGGAUGACCUCUUGAUUGUCUUUGGUGAUCUGGAGGCUAAGCGAAUAGAGGACAAGAACCGUCUCAAGGAUCUGGGCCAGGAAGUCUCUGAAGCCGAAGAUGAGGACGAGGACGAGGAUGAAGAUGAGGACGAAUAG